AUGAAAUCAGGCCGCCUAGGCCUUUGUUAUUUCACUGCCGUUCCUUUAGCCCAAGUCUGUAGAGUGUGGUACUAUGAAAUUUAUGUUGAACUUGGUGGAAAUAUGGUAGAAAUAUGGCAACUCUUGGUGCAAAGCGUUCGUCUACCACCGUCAAUAUCAUCACCUAGGACACCACAGAAAAUCUAUUUUAAACGUUCUGAUAAUCCUGAUACAUCUGUUCAGAGGGUGCUGUCAUGUGAAGCGCAAGGGAGUCUACCCCUAGAAAUAUACUGGAGGAAAAAUGGGAUUACGGUUGAGCAGUCGAAGUAUGUAAAGUUUGAUGUAUCAGAUGGUGAACUUGCUAUAACUGAUCCGACAAGAGAAGAUGAAGGGGUCUAUCAAUGUAUUGCUACCAAUAAAUGGGGAACGAGUUUAUCUCAACCCUUUCACUUCAUAAUGGGAAGGCACGGCAGUUUCCCAGAUGAUCCUGUUACAUCGCUGUCAGUAAAUGAAGGAGAUAGUGCAUCUCUAACUUGUGAUAACCAACCUAUAUCUGUACCGGCUGGUACUUAUUUCUGGUAUAAACAACCUGUGAAUCAGCAGGGCGGGGCCCAGGAUCAGGUCAUAGAGAGCGACAGACAUGCUAUAGAUAAAACAGGAACACUUUACUUUAUAAACGUAAUAAAACGUGACCAGUUGAUAGAUAAAGUAUAUGCCUGUGGUAUUUAUAAUUCUUUAGACGAGUCAAUCAAGAUUGGCAGCAAAAAACGUCUGGAUGUCAGCCCGCCAAGUACAGGUGUCACCAAUUUCUCUCCAAUUCGAUUACACGCUCCCGAGACAGUUGAGGGUCAGAUAGGGAAGGAUGUCGAACUCGAAUGUAUCAUUGGUGGAUCACCAGUACCCACUAUAAAAUGGUUAGGACUAUCCAGUUUACCAAUCAAGACGAGGAAUAACAAGUAUAAGGUGACGAAGUUUGGACGAUCGUUACAGAUAUUUAAUGUAACCGAGUCUGAUGAGGGAGGGUAUACAUGUAUAGCGGAGAACAACAGUGGACGAGAAACAGUCUUUAUUUACUUCAAUGUUACUUCGCCACCUAUGUGGAUUAAUUCGCUCCAAUCCAAGCAUGCUAUUGUUGGUGAUGACGUCAAAUUUACAUGUAAAGCGCGACCUGCAGUUCAAGAGGAACUGUUGUCUCCGCCGGACUGGUUCAUCAAUGGAGAGCCACUCAACAUGACAAAAGAAUUAGAACAGGGCCGUAUGAUGUCUUUUAACGAUGAUCGCACCAUUUUGACCAUACAAGAUGUUUCACGUGAUCGCGAUUUGAUGUGUAUCCAAUGUAACAUCUCUAACAGUAUUGGGUCUGUUUUCUCUGAUGCUUAUUUAAACGUGCUAGAGCCUAUCAUGAUCCUGUCUAGACCCCCCGAGUUCACCGUAUUUGGACAUGGCGAAGUUUUGAAUUUUACCAUCACAGCGACCACAGAUCCUAGUCAAACUUUAACUCGGCGAUGGUUCCUCAAUGAUAAACCUCUUAUCCUUCAUCAGCCGUAUUUUAUGUACGAUGAACAAUCGGGGGACUUUUAUUUCAACACUAGUAAAGUAGCCGUCCAGGACAUCGAGUCGAUGGCUGGUGAAUACAGAUGUGAGUUGUCUCAUCAACACGAAAUAACAGCUGUCGCUUUUUCAAUCGCUACUUCUAAACCAACCACAGAUAAAAACAGUGACCCAGUUGUAGCGGGUAAUUAUACGUUUAUAAUAGUAAUUAUUGCUGGGUUACUAGUUGUUAUUAUUGUCUGUAUAGUUAUUGUUGCCCUGUGGAAAAACCGAACACCUAAAGCUGUUUAUAAUUUGGGUAAAGAAGAGGACAAGAAUUUCAAUCUGACACCGAUUAACCAGCUUGAAAGUGAAGAAUUACACAAUGAAACUAUGAAUGAAACUAUGAAUGAAUCGAAAUUAUCUUUAUAUAGUGUUGGAAAGUGUUAAUAUAAAUCAUAGUGAAUCAUAAACUGAGAAAUGGGAUGUCGGCACAAAAAACCUCUCAAAAACUAGCGUCCCAAAAGUAACUCUUUUACAUUUUAACAUUUUAUGUCUGCCUUUAAACCGAUAUCAAGAACGUAAUUCACGCCCAAGGAACGGUUAGGGCCAGAUUUCUCGUACUAUGUGAAUCGGUGAAAGGGUAGAAAACAUCGUGGAUCGUUUGAGGCCUUAUUUGCCAACACGAGAGAUGAAAACUGGAUAGAAGGGAAGGAUUAUUGUAGUCAGAAUUCAAAACAAAAGAAAGGAGGGCAAGGAUAAAGUGCGAAAGUGUCUUAAUCUGGUUCUGUACCUUCGAUUGCGGAAUUUGAACCUAUCCAGAACUCACCAAUCGAGCGCCACAUAGUUUAUAUAAAUUAGUUUGAAAUAUCUAUAACAUGUGCUUCUAAUAUGCCUUUGAAAGAUUAAUUUGAAAUUGUUUGAAGGAUUAACCACAACCAUCUAUCCUGUCGAGUAUAAUCCUUCAGGAACUCGAAGUCCAUCCAGCUGUCUUGAUGUGGGUUGUGUAUCCAAAACACGAGAUGGCCACUAGUCAAAUAUUAUGGGAUAGAGAGCGUUCAUUAUAUAAUAUGUCAGUGUUAUUGCUUUGUAAAUUGUUUGUUAUUUCAUUUUCUGUAGAUAUUUAUGAAUGAAUGAAGGGAGUUUUACAUCCUACUUUUCAUGUCUCAAGAUAUUGAUAAAGUUUAUAUGAUGUGAUAAUUUGUAAAUAAUUUGUACAAUAAAAGUUA